UGUGUGUGGUGUUCCUAGUGGAAGGUGGGAGCAGACCUUCUGAUGUCACUUCCUUCCCCGGUCUGCCAGCCAGGAAGUGCUCUCAGUGCGCCGGCCGGGGCGGCAGACCGUGGCAGGGCGGCUGGUUCCUGUUCUACAGUCCGAUGGCGUCCCCGCGGCUGGAGACCUUCUGCUGUCCCAACAGAGACCCGGCCACGGACUUCGUGGUCUCCUUCCAGCCCCAGCUGUUCAGCGCGCUGAGCGUGGGCAGCGCGAGCCUCAGUCUGAUCUUCACCAUCCUGCAGAUCCUCCCGAAGCGGAGGGGUUACCGCAGACUCGGGCCCUACCCCUUCCCGAAGCCCGCGUCCUCCUCCCGGAUCCUCUUCAUCAUCAGCAUCUGCGACAUCCUGGGAUGCACAGGCAUCGUGGUGCGGUCGUCCAUCUGGCUUGGCCUUCCCAACGUCGUGGAGAAGAUCUCCGCCAACAACAGCGGCGAUGUCUGGCCGGAGGUCUUCUGUGUGGGCAGUGCGAUGUGGAUCCAGCUGUUCUUCAGCGCCUCCUUCUGGUGGACCUUCUGCUACGCCGUGGACGUGUUCCUGGUGGUGAAGACCUCCGCGGGGAUCAGCACCAUCAUCCUGUACCACAUGAUCACAUGGGGGCUGGCCCUGCUGCUGUGUGCUGAAGGUGUUGCCAUGCUCUACUACCCCUCCAUCUCAGACUGUGAGAGCGGCCUGCAGCACGCCAUCCCGCACUACGUCACCACCUACGCCCCCAUGCUGCUGGUGCUCAUCGCCAACCCCAUCUUCUUCAUCCGGACCACCUCCGCAGUCACGUCGCUCCUGAAGGGCCGACAGGGCAUCUACACGGAGAACGAGAGGCGGCUCGCCACCGAGAUCAAAAUACGCUUCUUCAAGAUAAUGCUGGUCUUCAGCGUCUGCUGGGUCCCCAACAUCGUCAACGAGGGCCUGCUCUUCUUCCUGGAGGUCCAGCCGGACAUCAGCGACAGCAGCCUGCGGACUGUCCGCAACGCGGCCCUCAUCACCUGGUUCUUCAUGGGGAUCCUGAACCCCAUGCAGGCCUUCCUCAACACGCUGGCCCACCGCGGCUGGACCGGCCUGGACGUGGACCUGAGCCUCCAGCGCCGGAAGGAGAGGGCCUGGGACUCCAUGUCCACCUCCGCCCCCAACGGGGCCGGGACGGGCUACAACCCCAUGGUGGGCACGCUGCUGUUCCAGAGCCACAUCCAGGAGGGCAACAAGAACCUGACGGGGAACGACCUGCAGCCCUCCGAAUCUAUGGGCGCACACUCAGAAGGUGGCUCAGAGUCUAGUACAGUAGAGAUCCACAUGUCCAGUGAACGGCAAGACUUUGAGGACAUAGACGCAGACGCCGAAUCCCUGGACAACUCAGUGAGGAACUAGAGCAUGACAUCAUCCAAGCCCCCCUUGUCUCCCUAUGACAUCAUACCACCCGAGUGUCCUCAUGACAUCAUACCAUGACAUCAUACCCCCCCCCCCCCCCGGUCUCCUCAUGACAUCAUGCCAAGCCCUGUCUCCUUAUGACAUCAUAUCCCCCGUCCCAGUCUCCCCAUAACAUCAUAACCUCCGCCCAUAAUAAACCAGCGAUAAAAGAAGACCAAUCAUCCUUGGGGUGGGGAUACUGGGAAUGUGUGACGGUCGAUGGUAGCGUGGGGUUUUCCUUUGACUUUAGUUUUUUCUCCUUGUAGACUUUACAUAGUAAUCAUGGUUUGUGACCUGGUUAAAGAAUCAAUCCCUCUUAUCGUCAGAGCCUGAGAUGAUUAGAGACGUCUGUGAUCCAUGAACUGAUAAGGAGACUAUCAUUUCAAUUCAACAUAUUCAAUAUUUUGAAGAUAUGAUUUUACAGUCCAAUCGGUAUUAAGAAUACAAAUCCACUUAGACACUUUUUUUGAUGAACUCGUGGGAUUUUCCUUUUGAGUCAACUUAUUAUUAAGCCUCUAACGAUUCUAGCGUUCCUUAGUGUAUUUUAUUUAUUUCUCAUGUAUUUGAUCAAAUAUUAAAUGUAAUUCACAUUAUGAUUCCAUUGAUCAAGUUCAAGUCAUUGUUUGAGGUAUGAACUCCGGGGAAAUCAACUUCCCUCUGUAAACUUUGUAACAAAUGUACUUCUCCAGCCAUAAAAACAAAUAAAAACAAAAGGACUCAUUGCUUUCUGAUAUCAAAA